GUUCCGUUGCUAGGAGGCAUUUUCGAAGCCUGCAUCCCAACCGCUCCAGUUGUACGCACACGUACGACUCUCGGAUCCACGGAUCGUGUGUUUUGUGUUGAAGACUUGUUGAUGUGUAACCAUGGAGCGUUUAAUUUUAGUUUGAAUCCUUAACGAAGUAUUCGAAGCGUUCCUGUCAUUCGAUAGAGCUCAAUUUCACGACUUGCUAUUGAAUUCGUUCUUGCCUCAUUUGCUCCUGACAAAUACGAGAAAAUUGCUUUAAACUUUGGCCGAAAUUCUACAUGAAAGAAGGUUUCAGGGUCAUUAUAUGCCCUAUCAUCUUGGCCUCGUAUCCUGAUAAGCUCGUAACAAUUGCGUCAAAAAGGUCUCUUGAAAUACUCCUUUUUUUUCGUGUUCUCUUUUUGUAACGCUCGCAAUGAUGAAUAGGUGUCUAGCUUAAUGCUGCCGUGUGUGUCAGCAUCCCGUUGUGCUAACGACACACCGGUUUCUUCUAGUGUACGGUCACCAUGAACAUGACUCGUCUUUCUCCAGCUCCUUUGUUCAACUAUCAUAUCUCAUUCACGAGCACGUAGACCUCGUAUCCUCCAACCAUGACUUGCAUAAUAUGCAUAUGUUCAUUUCAGACCUGUUGCAGAUUCCGACGCUACCGUAGAUUGGUGCAUAUUGGACGGCCAGUUGAAAAACAAAAAUCUGCUUAAGUAAACACAAUGUUUGCUUAAAUAUAGAAUAUUGUUGACGUCACGCUCAGUAAAUGGUUUAAGGUUAGCAGCGUUGCCAUGCGAUCGAUACCGAGAAAGGCUUCCCUUUGCGUUAGUGUAUUCAAAGUCCCCGAGUCCCGUUUCAUCCGGCUCGAUAGUUAGUGCCCUGCGAAACUCGUAGCCAGUCGGUCGUGUGUUUUUUUGUCUCGUUCACGUGUGAAUCCUCAUGUGCCUCUUUUACCCUAAGGGCACACAAAUUCAACACCCUAAAGGCACUAACGAAAAGAAACAGUUGGAUUGUUCCUUUUUAAAUUCUUUUUAUUGUGGCAUUUCAUCGCCAGAAAUUUUCCCCCUUUACCUUCUCUGCGCGGCAGGGUCACGCAUAAAUGGUGGUACGCUUUAAGCUCCAUCUCAUCCAGGACUCCCGCACCCAUGUCAAGGAGCCUUAUGAUUUCCAUUUGAAGCAACUUCAGUAUCAAAGCGCUCCUUGUUUCAUUGAUUGAUUUCCUUUUUUUUUGUACUCUGUUUGACCGGCUGUUUUCAUUCUGCUUGUAUAUCUCUUAUCGGUAUCAUUCAGGUUCGGUACUUUUCUUUUAUAACAAUAACCAGUUCUUUUAAUACAUUUCUCUCCUUUUCUGGUUUCCUUUACCCUCGUCUGGUCGGCAAAAAUGGUGUGCGGGAGUCCUUCGCGAGCGAAUAAGUUUCCCGUUUUAGUUGUUCUAGUAGUUGUUGUUACCGUUAUUGCGUUUCAAUCUCAACCGGUCGUCUCCUACCACGUGGAUGACGGCUCGGCUGUUUAUUACGAACGGUAUCCUUUGCACGGUCCCAAUAAACCCGAUAAUGAGCAAAUCGAAUCGUCCAACAUCCCCAUCCGCAAUGAAUCGAUUGGGAAUACGAAAGAGAUGGAUGAUGAAAGAUUUUCCGUCAACUGUACGGAACCAACGAUCCAGGACUUUCCGCCUGACAUGUUUACGCAAGAGCAACGCCAAAAAGGCGGUGUUGUGAUUCACUUCAUUUUAUGCAUUUACACAAUGUUGAUGAUCGGAGUCGUCAUUGACGAGUAUUUCGUACCUUCACUGGAAAUCAUUGCCGAAGUAUUGCAUAUGAGCCCUGAUGUAGCCGGAGCGACUAUUAUGGCCAUUGGAACUUCAUCACCGGAAUUGUUCAUUAAUAUUGUUGGCACGUUCAUUACGCAAGGAGAUAUUGGAGUCGGAACUAUUGUCGGCUCGGCUGCGUUCAACAUCUUAGCUGCACCCGCCUGCUGUGGAUUAUUCACUGGUUUCGCCGUUCCGCUGGAAUGGUGGCCGCUUACACGCGACUGCGCAAUCUACGGUUCCAUCGUUAUUGGAUUGGCUGUCGUCGUGUCGGACAAUCGGAUUUUCUGGUGGGAAGCUAUGAUACUCGUCGUUUGCUAUGGCGUUUUUCUAGCAGUCAUGUUUUGUAAUCGGACUUUGGAGCGAUGGGCGAACGCUGUUAUUACGCAAUUUCAAAGCUGUAGCGGCAAGAAAAAUAAGGAUGAAAUUAAAGACAAGGACGAACAAACUGCCAUGCAAUCAGGCGUCAUUGACAAAUCACCAAGCAUUACGAAAGAUCAAAUUGAAUUGAGUGACGCUGAGUGUCCGGCUUUGGAGGAUAGGGGAUCCCCAUCGCCGGAGCCACAAAACGCGGCUGUUAUUGAAGACGAACCGGAAGGUCCAGUUAAAUUUUUUCAGCCUCCGGAAGGCUCGUUUACGACCAAACUCUACUGGUACGUCAUGUGGCUGGGCAACUUGGUAUUUUUCUUGACGAUUCCGGAUGUUCGUCGUGGUAAAAAAUGGCGACGUACGUAUCCGCUGGCAUUCUUUAUUUGCAUUCUUUGGAUUGGAACUUUAUCAUAUCUCGUUGCUUGGUUCAUCACUGUCAUCGGAUAUACUUUGGGAAUUCCGGAUUCGGCCAUGGGUAUCACGUUCCUCGCAGCAGGUGGAAGUGUCCCGGAAGGAGUUGCCGCCGUCGUGGUAGCCCGUGCAGGUAAAGGUUCGAUGGGUAUCAGCAACUCUGUUGGCUCCAACACCUUUGACAUCCUUAUCUGCAUGGGUCUCCCUUGGCUUAUAAAGGCGGCCGUUAUGCCCGAAUACCCCGCCGAUGGUAAUUUCGUGGCAAUUAACUCUGGUGGAGUCGUCUAUAGCGUCUUGAUGCUGUUCUGCACUAUUUUGGUGCUUUACUUUGCCAUAGCCUUCAACAAGUUUGUUCUUGAUAGAAAGAUAGGUGCAAUUUUAUUGAUUUCGUACAUGGCUUUUCUAGUUCUAGCAGGCUGCUUUGAAAUGAAUGUUUUCAUGCCGGUUAAUGCACCCCCAUGUUAGUAGAUUAUUUAGAUGAAUGCAGUAACUAAAGUUUUGCUUGAGCACCCAAAUCGCUGAUAUAUUUGCUUCUGUCAGGGUCACUUGGUUUACAAAUGCAAUACACAAGGUUAAAAAUGUCAAA